CUGCAUCCAGCGUCACUUUAUAAUAAAUAAUUAAUGUCACCUCUGUCGCUGCUGUCACGCUUCACACAGUCAGAUAUCUUUGUACUGUAUCUGAAUCAGAGAGGGUUACCAGUUGGGCUCGGAAAAAUAUCAAGCAACAGAUAAUCCGAACGAUCAACAGUUUUAUUAAAGGUUACAUAAUAAAAUCCCAGCAGCACGUGCCAACAUUGACAUUGGACCUCGUCCAUUAAGGUUAUCUGUGUCAUGCAGCAGAAAGUGUGCACACGCAACACAGCGCUCUUUGUGAAGAACGGUCAGGUGUGUGGAGCCGGCGCCCCUCCACAGUAUCCAUUCCGCUGCCCGCGAUGUGGAGAACAUGAACGUUUUCAGAGUCUAGCCUCUCUCAGAGCUCACCUAGAGUACAGCCACCCGUUUCAUACUAAACAUGACAUCAGCCUCCUAUAUACAAGAGAUCACUGUAAUACGGACCACAUGAAAGUCUGCAAAAGCUCCAAUUCUGACAUGCAUAAAGUACGUGAUGCUGGCACAAAUACUAAUUCAAACUCAAAUGGGAGAGGAGAGCUCAAACUCAUGACUCCAGAAAUGCGCCCUGAGCAGAAGCGGACUUCCCCAGAGAGGAGCAUCAAUGUUGGGGCUGUAUCAGCUGGUGUGGGGCCCCUCUCAGCUCCAGUGGUGUCGGUGGAGAAGAGGCUGGAAGGGAUGAUGAGGACAGCCAAUAGCAGUAUGGAACGACGUCUACUGCGGCUCAGCUCAGAGCUGGCUCAGACAGACACAGCCAUACUGUGUGAGCGUGCUCACUCGCAUCACCUGGCCCAGGAAAAACAGGAAGUGCUGGAGCGAGAGCGGGCGCUCAGCAGACAGGUUGACGCCGCGGUCAUGGUGAUUGCCACACUGAAGCAACAGCUCAGCAUCUCGGAGCAUGAACUGGAAAGGAGGGAACAGGAAGUCAUUACCAUUCAGAAAUUUCUGGAAGCAGCAGCACAGCAUGAGAUGUGUGGGAAGGUUCGUUUGCGACGGUUCAUUGAGGGCCUGCUGCGGCGGAUUUCGUUGGCAGAGAGACUACUGGAAUAUUACCAGAGCGCCCCCCACAGGCAUUGUUGCACAGCUCACCCUGUCCCCAUGUCAUCUGAGCUUGGUCCGCAGAGAAUAACUCAAAGCAGGUCUUCAGGAGAGUUUUUUGAGCAAGAUGAGGAGCAGCGGCUACAUGGUCAGUCUGGAUGGGGACUGUCCAAAGCCACUGGAGGCAGACUGGGUUUUGAGAGCUGGCACCAGCGGAGGAGGUCUGAUGGGUAUGAGGUUUAGGGACAGAUGCAGAAUCUAGCAAUGAAUGUUAAUGCAAAUAAUAUUGUUUCAUUAAUAUAUUAAAUAUAUUAACAAAAAUAAGUCAAUAUGAGUUAAAGAUAACUCCCAGUUCACAGACUCCUCUUAAAGCUCCUCCACACAGAUGUUUUGAGAGACUUCAAGGUACUGGUAUUGUUUAUUCACCAGUGUCAGCUAGAUUUGCACACCUCAACUACAGCAUUGUUCAACAGCAGAUAGCAAAUUAGUGCUUUGAUACUUAUUUGACUCUUGAAUAUGAUUAUGCUCCAUCUAUGAAAUAUUUUAAGAGGAAUAGUUCACCUCAACAUUUAAAUUCUGUUAUCAUACUCGCCCUCGUGUCCUUUCAAACCUGUAUGAUCUUCUUUCUUCUAUAAAGCACAAAAGGAGUUCUUGUGGAAUGCCCAAGCUGCUCUUUUCCAUACAAUGAAAGUGAAUGGUGACCACAGCUGUCAAGGAAGAUUACUUUUAUGAUGCUCUUUUGUUCUUAUUUGAGUUUCACUUCCAUUGGAUGGAAAAGGCCAACGCAUAUAUUCUGCUACUCUUCUCCUUUGGUGUUUCAUUUAAGAAAGAAAUUCACACAGGUUUGGAAAGACAUGAGGGUGAUGAAAUGGUUACAGAAUCUUCAUUUUUGGGUGAACUAUCCCUUUAAUUGUAAAAUGUCAUAUUGGCUAUAUUGUGGACACAUGGUCAAACAGCCCUUUAAUUCAAAUAGAUAUAGCUAUUCUACAGGUUGCUUACAUAAAGAGGAGCUGUAACCUAGUUAAAAUGUUAUGUGCUUGAUUUCUAACAGAUACUACUGUUCAGGACAAUGAAUGUAGUUAUAUUAUCUAAAUGGAGGUUAUUAAACCAGUGUUGCGCAGGUGAGAAGUUACACCACUUUAAGCUUAUAGGUUAUUCUCAAGCUUCCAAAUAAAAAAUGCACUGUUAUAGAUUAAAAAAAAAAGAAUGUAGCAAAGACCUAAACAACUUACUUUGAUUUGUGUCUAGCAUCAGGGUUGCCAAGUUUGUGUGAUAAAUACAGCUCAAUGAUACAAACUAUUGUGUUAUUUCCUUUCAUUUGUAGGCCUACUGUAUAAUACAAGUAGCGGUAUUAAAGGACUAUUCAAUACAAGUUAUGUUCAAACAACAGCAUUU